CCCAAAAACACCAAAACCCCCCAAACCCAAAACUCCUCCUCCUCCUCCCAAACCCAAAGCUCUAAUCUUUCACCCCAAAAUCCCAAAACCCAGAAUCCCCAAAUGUACGACACGCUCAAAGACACCUACCAACUCUUCGAAGAAAUCGGCCGCGGCCGAUUCGGCACCAUCCUCCGCGCCUUCUGCCCCGUCUCCGCCGAGUCCGUCGCCGUCAAGAUCAUCGACAAGUCCCUCCUCACCGACGAAACCGACCGUGCAUGUCUUGAAAAAGAACCCAAGAUCAUGACCCUCUUAUCUCCCCACCCCAACAUUCUCAAAAUCCACAACGUUUUCGAAACAGAGGACUCCAUGGCCAUGGUGCUCGAGCUCUGCGAGCCCGAAACGCUCUACGACAAGAUCGCUCACCGGCCGUUGCCGGAGCCGGAAGCCGCCGGUCUUAUGAAACAGCUCCUGGGAGCUAUAGCCCACUGCCACAGAAUGGGUGUGGUGCACAGGGAUCUGAAGCCGGAGAAUGUUCUUUUUGAUUCAAGAAACAAUCUGAAGCUGGCGGAUUUUGGGUCGGCGGAGUGGUCCGGUGAGGGAGGUUCCAUGGAAGGUGUGGUGGGGACGCCGUACUAUGUGGCGCCGGAGGUGUUGAUGGGGAGGUUGUACAAUGAGAAGGUGGAUGUGUGGAGUGCAGGGGUGAUGUUGUAUAUAAUGUUGGGUGGGAUUCCUCCAUUUUACGGCGAAACGGCGACGGAGAUCUUUGAGGCGGUUUUGAGAGGGAAUCUGAGGUUUCCGCCGAAGGUUUUCCGGGGAGUUUCGCCGGCGGCGAAGGAUCUGUUGAGGAAGAUGAUGUGUAGAGAUGUUUCCAGGAGACUAUCUGCAGAACAAGCACUUAGACACCCAUGGAUCUUGAGUGGUGGAGAAGCAAAUCCAAUGGACUGAUCUGACCUCAAGAACUUAAAGAGCAGCAAUCAGUCAAGAGGAAGCAACCAAGUAUAUAAGUUCCCAGCCAUGUAUAUGUAUGUGAGUUUGAGAAGAGAUAAUCCCACUUCCCUCUCUUAGAAGCGCAUAAGCUCCUGGAUGGAUCCAGAAGACGAAGAAGAGCUUGUAGUUUUUGUACUUUUUGUAAUGUUUGGAUAGAAUCUGAGAUUGUAAAUAGAAAGGGGUUGAGGAUUGAUCCUGUCCUUCCCCACCUUCUCUGUUUUUUUUUAGUCAGAGAGAGAGAUUAGGAAGUGAUGAGUGAGAGCAAAUGAAGUACUCCCAUAAAAGAGAACCAAUGCAACUUUAGUCCCUUGUCUAUUUCAGAAUGUAAACCAUGUUUUGUUAAUGCAAAAUGUUUGGAAAUA